AUGAAGCUUUACCGGUGCCUCCGAGCCAAAUGUGCCCACAGGCACCGGGGCUACUCCAGGGAGAUCUCCCUGCACCACGGAGGGUUCUGCUCCGGGAGCUUCUCCGACCCCCUCGGACGCGCCUCCUUCUCCUGUGGUAGGGAAGGCUCAGUCACCUACACCCGGAGACCUUCCUACUGCCCACGGCCCUCCUACAGCCCACGACCCUCCUACUGCCCCCCCGUGCCAGCGUCCCCCCCCUACAGCGUUUCGGGGGGCUACACGUGUGGCGGGGAGGGCUCUGUGGUGAUCACCGGCGGGGGCUGCGGGGGCACGUCCGGCUGGGGUGGCACGGGGGGGACAGUCCCCGUUUAUGCCCCCAGGGGGGGAGGAGGGGACUGGGGACACAGCCUGGGGGGCGAGGGGGGGUCCACCCUCCACCCUGGGGAUUUGGGAGGAGGGUCCGGAUACGGAUUCCCUGCACCCCCCAGCGAUGCCUUGGCAGGGGGGGUCACUGGGGGACCGGGGUACUACAGUGGAGGGUCUGGCUACGCCCCCGGGGGGGUCUCAGGCCCAGAGCUCAGCCCGGGGGGGGGUGGGUGCUCCCAGGUGCUGCAGCAGAAGUGCCCCGUGGUCGUUCCCAGCACCAAGAGCCAGCAGUGCAAACAGAAAAGCCACUGGCCCCCCAGGCAGAAGAAGUGA